CUCUGACAUAAAUGUCUCAUCGUUUGCGGCCGCUUCUGGCUACGUUAAAAAGCUCUUUAUGUGUUUUUAAGUUUAAUAAAUCGCAUUAUUAAAGUAGAAAUAGUACUUACAUUUAUAUUAGUUUGCAACUAACUAAAACAAUGACCUGGGGAUUUGUCACUUGUGGUCCUAACGAGGCUCUCGUAGUGUCUGGAUGCUGUUACUCGAAGCCUCUGCUGGUGCCGGGGGGCCGCGCGUUUGUGUGGCCCUCCAUCCAGCGCGUGCAGCGGAUAUCGCUCAAUACCAUGACGCUGCAGGUGGAGUCGCCCACCGUCUACACGAGCCAAGGCGUGCCGAUAUCUGUCACGGGAAUUGCGCAGGUUAAAAUACAAGGGCAGAACGCCGAGAUGCUGUUGUCAGCAUGCGAGCAGUUUCUGGGCAAGUCGGAGCAGGAGAUACAACAUAUAGCCCUCGUGACCCUGGAAGGUCACCAGCGUGCUAUUAUGGGCUCCAUGACAGUCGAGGAGAUCUACAAGGACAGAAAAAUGUUCUCCAAAAAGGUUUUUGAAGUGGCUUCAAGUGAUUUAAUCAACAUGGGCAUCACAGUGGUUUCCUACACCCUUAAAGACAUAAGAGACGAAGAGGGCUACUUGAAAGCGCUGGGCAUGGCGCGAACGGCGGAGGUGAAGCGCGACGCGCGCAUCGGCGAGGCGGAGGCGCAGGCCGAGGCCAAGAUCAAGGAAGCCAUGGCCGAGGAGCAGCGCAUGGCCUCGCGCUUUUUAAAUGACACCGAAAUCGCAAAGGCGCAGCGUGACUUCGAACUCAAAAAGGCAGCUUACGACGUUGAAGUUCAAACUAAAAAGGCCGAGGCAGAAAUGGCCUACGAACUACAAGCAGCCAAAACGAAGCAGAGAAUCAAAGAGGAGCAAAUGCAGAUCGCGGUCGUGGAACGUACGCAAGAGAUCGCCGUUCAGAAGUGGGAGGUGCAGAGGCGCGAGAAAGAACUCGAGGCUACCGUCCGCAGGCCCGCCGAAGCGGAGAAGUUCAAGCUGGAGAAACUGGCGGAGGCCCACAGGCUGAAGACCGUGCUGGAGGCCGAGGCCGCCGCGGAGGCCGUCAAAGUUCGGGGAGAGGCCGAAGCAUACGCCAUCAAAGCGAAGGCGGCGGCGGACGCGGAGCAGAUGGCCAAGAAGGCCGAGGCCUGGAAGGAGUACGGAUCCGCCGCGAUGGUUGACAUGAUGCUCGAGACCUUGCCCAAGGUGGCAGCGGAGGUGGCAGCGCCACUGUCGCAGGCGCGGAAGGUGACCAUGGUGUCGUGCGGCGGCGGCGAGGUGGGCGCGGCCAAGCUCACGGGCGAGGUGCUCAGCAUCGUGCAGUGCAUCCCCGAGCUCGUCAAGGGCGUCACUGGCGUCGACAUCUCUAAGGGUGUGCGCGCUAUGUAAAGGCGCAGCGGUCGCCGCACAACAACAACAGGCAGAAGUAGUUUCGGCAAUCUUAAAUGUUUUAUGUAUUCUAUUUGUUUUAUGAUUCUUACCUUGUAUUUUAUUAGUAAUCAAGGAUCAGAGAAUUUAUUGUACCUAAGUGCCACUGCCUUGUUUUAUUAAUAUUUGAGUAACGCAUCGUUUACCGUUUUUAUUUAUAUUAUUACAAUAUAGGUAAUAAGGGCACAUUGCUGACGUGCUCUAAAAAAUUAUAUGUAUUCUUCUAUUCUGGUAUACAAUGUUGUAUUGUUAUCUACAUCUAUGAUGACUGUCUCAUAAAAACUGUAAUAUAAAAUAUAGUUAAUUCAAAAAAUAGUAACUUUGAUCCCAAGUGAGAGACGUAGUUAUAAAUAUAUGUUUAUAUGGUCAGUAUAGGUAAAUGAUCGAUCUGAUAAUUGGGUGUGUGCUCUGGUGUUCUUCGCGAUGUAGGGUGCGUGCGCCGUGAGGUGCGAGACGCGAGUGAGCAGGGGCGGCGGUCCGGGAGAUAUAGAACAGGUUUGCUUCUGGAGGAAGGUCGUCGAGCUGUUUGUCUUAGCGUAACUUUAAAAUGUUUGACCAAUCGCCUAAAUUUUCCCAAAGUAGAAAAUUACAUGAUAAUGAUUGUUAUACAAAAAAACUAAACCUAUAUUUUUUUAUUUAGCUAAAACUGUCGUUAAGGUAUAUCUAAAUAUUUCGUGUUCAACAAAGAGGUUUAGAAGUCCUAGCUGUAAUUUAGUACACUCGUAGUCAUUGAUGUACUUUUUUAAUGUAAUCAAUAUUUUCUACACGGUAAUCGAGAAAGCAAACCUGCUUUCUGCUUGAAUUCAUGUAUGUAUUAUUUUAUGCGUCAACAUAUUACCUGAUUCGGCCUCACCUAGUAUAUUAAAAUUGUAUAUUGUUAUAUAUAAGCAUUAAGCAUCACUUUUGUCAAAUUUAUUUUGCUGUAUUUUUGCGAGAAUUGUACUGUAAAAUUUAAAUCUGUCAUCAGGAAAAACUUUUUAUUAUUUAAUCGUAUAAAUCGAAAAUCACAUUUUAAGGUGCUUCAGUCCAGUACCAUUUCAGCGGAUUAGUAACUAAUCUUGUGAAACUUCUGAUGACAGAUUUAAAUUUAUAGUUAACGAACCUGUAAUUAAUUAAGUAUUUGUUAAGACUGUUACUCUACCCUUACUGGGCAUGUGCGGCAUACGACCACUUGCGCGCUCUCGAGUAACGAGCUUGGAAACCUGAAGGAUAAAGGAAACUAUACAUGUUCGUUGAAGCGCAAGUCUUGUAGAGAUAAACCAUUUUUAAAAUACUCCUCCAGACCAAGUAUACAGACUUUUGUUAUGCUUGUGUGCGUUGCGUCUAUAAGAUACUUUAGAUAUGAGCGUAUAGGUGCUCUGGAGGGAUGUAUAUUUGUAUGUGGAUUAUUUUUAUCAUUACAUUAAUCUAUCUAGUCGGUUACUAAGUUCUGUUACAAGGUUUCCAACUCAUUAAAUAUAAAAUAAAGCUUAAAAUAAAAAAAAAUAGGCACAGUUUGAUAGCUUAUUUUGUAACGAUCAAAACAUGAUAUAAUAAUAUAAAAUUCAGUUGGAGAAUUCAUGGGAAUCCUUGGAAAGCUCCAGAUUACGUAAAGGCGUAAACACGCGGUCAAUUUAUGAAAAUUAUACUUUACAGAAGUGUGUCUAAUGCAAUCUUGCAACUUUGCCAGAAGAUUCGAUUGCUUAUUUUAAUGAGACCUCUAAGUUACCGUAAAUUUUGUGAUGACCGUUUAUUUAUUUACUAGUUUAUACCCUAAGAUAUUCCCCUCCAAACAUUGUAUAUUUUUCAGUUUCGCACGAAAACGUAUAGAUUUAGACAAUUGUGCAGGAGGCAGGCUUGGAAAACUGUGUAAACUAUGUGUUAAAUCAAAGGAACCCACGUAAACUAUAUGUUAAAUUAAAGAUGAAUAAUCAAGCUAUCGAAUUGUGCAAAGCUGAUACAUUCGUAAUAUGAUUAGAAAUAAAUAGCAUGUAAAAACGACACGAACAGGGAGCGUACUUUUGACGGUUUUUUUUACGCCAUUUUUCCGGUGUCUAUAAGGAAUUCUGCAAAACCAGAACAACUAUGUUUAUUAGGUUGUAUUGUAAGCUUAUCAUUAAUAAAUAAGCUUUACAAUUGUAUACACGAAUAAUUAAAAAUCGCUACCUAUUUCUUUUUAUUCCGUGAAAACUCUGGUAACGGAACUUAUUAACCAACUAGGUACGUAUAGAGAGAUCUGAGUAUUUGAAAUCCUCGUAUUGAGAUCUUUUUAGGUAUUAAAAUGUCGCAACUAGAUACCGGUAUCAGGCUUAAGAUAGGUUCACAUGUUAACUUUAUAUAGUUCUUUGUAAAAUAUUUUCUUUAUGAAGAUUUUAUUUACCUCGAAGCCGGUUUUCGAACUUUUUUUGAUGCCGGUGCCAUAUUUUUUGUAUUGUUUUUAAUAUUAAAAAUGUUUUAAAUCUUAAUUAGAUUUUAAGCGUGACAUGAUUCUAAAUAUAUUAAAUGUGGGAUGACUUUGAUGUUGCAUUAUUAGUUCAUGAGUUCGAAAUCGUUUGAAACCAAAGUACCUACAGCACAAAAACUUUGCAUUUAUAUUUUUACUUCAAUACAUAUUAUGUUGUAACAUUUUAUUACUUAACUAUUACCUAUUAAAUGUAAAGCAGACAUCACACUGAUAUGAUCAUGGUAUUAGAUUUUCGCCUUAAGUCUAAUAUUUCAAGUAUAAUAUUUGGUUAUAGGCACAUAUGGAGGUAGAGGACUACAUUUCAUACAUUUUUGUCACUUAGACGGAUACAUUAAUUAACGAAUACAUUUGUCGUAUGUCUGCAAUACCUCACUACAUACGAUGUUCUUUGUUUCAGUGUGAUGUAAUGAAAUAAUGUAUGCUUAAAAUACAGAUAGAAAUAUUUAAAAAUAUUUCAUAAGUAUAUGAUGUGAAGGCACUUUGAGUGGCAAUGGCACAAUAGAGAUCGAGUUGUUUGGUGUGGAUAAAAAUAACAAAAACUAUGUGUAAAGUGGUUUUUAUUCGUGUAUAUUCAUUAAAAAUUGCAGAU